AUGGCGAAAAGAUCGGUCGACUUCUUUUUCGACGUCAUCUCCCCCUACAGUUACUUCGGUUUCGAGGUAUUUUUUACGGACAAAAGAUUCGUUUUUUGAAAAAAUAGCUCACAUAAAAGUUUCUUUUUGAAAAUACCAAACAUGAGAAAAAUUUCGACCGAAAAAAAGUGCCCCUAAGACUACAUUCUAGUUUCGCAGAACUCAAGAUUUCCAGAGUGGUCCCUAUAGGGGCAAAGUUAAGAGGCCAUGCAGGCUGUUCUCUCGGGACCACUUUGGCAACCCCUAUAGGGACCUCUAAAGUUCUCGAAAGUGGCCCCUAUAGGGGACGUGCUAAUUUUCAACUUUUAUGAGUUCUAAGAAGCAUUUGAAUGAAUUAUUGAAAGACCCCCAUGGUGGUAUGAAAAAAUGACCAGCGAAAACUCAAACAGCGACUUUUCCGAUUUUUUCAUAUCGCUAGGGAACUUUCCGACGGCCACCUUUCCGACGAAUCUUUUUCCGCCUUUUUUUCUCGAAGAAAUUUUCGUUUUAAAACUUUCUAUAUAAAGUAGGUAGUUGGUUAAAACACAAAGAAAUAGGAAAAAAAAUUCUUAUAAAUGUUUUAUAAACCGAAAAAAAUAAAGGAGAAAAGUCGGAAAGUGUUCCGUCGGAAAGGUGGCCUUCGGGAAGUUCCCUAGCGAUAUGAAAAAAUCGGAAAAGCCGCCGUUUGAUUUUUCGCUGGUCUUUUUUUCAUACCACCACCCCCCAUAGGGACCACUCACGCUUUAGAAGCAGCGAGGUCAGACUCUAAACCCCUAUAGGGACCAGGUUGCUUUCAUCCCUCUAGGAACCACUUAAGCUUUUGGGGCAAAGGGGUCAGACCCUGAACCUCUAUAGGAACCACCUUGGUUUUACCCCUAUAGGGACCACUUUUUCGGCCCCUUCAGGGGCUCGUUUUCCUCCUAAACCCUAGAGGAAUCACUCUAAAAUUUGAAAUAAUUUCGGAAAACAAGAUUUUUGAAGGGUAUCACCCGGCACAGACAUCUGUGGAGCACUCCGGUCCGGCUGAGGCCGUUCUACUUCGCCGGCGUGAUCAAACAGUCGAGUUUGUUACCCACAAGGGAGAAUAUGUUCUUCAGAACUUUGAAAAUUGUGUAGUAAAAGUUCUGUAGAACCCCCUCCCUUAUAAGAUAUCAUCAGAAAAUAAGAAAAAAGAUUUUUUCAGAGAACGAAAGUCCUCCAUUGGCCAUUCCGAUCAAGGAAAAGUACAUGUACAAGGACCUGGUGUUGAACGCCCAGUACUGGGGUGUCUCCUUCAGAAUUCCAAAGGUUCACUUGAUCACGUCCUGAAAUUGAUCAUGAAAGUGACGUCAGGACUAUAAGAAGAUGAUGUUCACAAGUUCUUCCAUCGAAGCUCAGCGACUUCUGAUCGCUGCGCAGCUGAGAGACGAGGUUCGUUGUUCUUCAUUGAAAGAAUCUCUGGCCGCAUUUGGAAUGGUUCGGUACGAGGCGUUCGCGUUGCGUUUUCAAGGAUUUUUUGAAGUCAAAUAAAUCUCAUUUUUUCCAGAAGCUGAUGGAGAACAUAGCGAGAGGUCUUUGGCAGCGUUUGUACGGCUACAACAAGGAGAUUUUCUCAAGACACGACAUGGAGUCCGUUCUUCGAGACCGACACGUCAAGGAUGCCAACGAGCUCAUCGAAUCCUCCCAGUCCGACGAAGUCAAAAAGAUCCUGCGGGAGAACACCGAUGAAGCCCUGCAGACUGGCGUGAGUCACGAUUUCUGAAUUGGCUUUGAGAUGAAAACAACCUUAUUCCAAUGGUUGUACACUGCUAGGACCUCAGUAACGAACACUGAGCAAUCCUAGGGAUCAUUUUGAAGGGUUUAUGCUACUAAGUUGGCCACUAGAAACGUCCGAGUCAAAUCCGGUACGGGCUACCAAGGUCCCAGUAGUUGCUCGAAAGCCAAAAAAAAACACUUUUUUUUGCUUUCCUAAGCUUAAGUUUAGGAUCUACUCAAUAAAAAUUAAAGUUAGAACAUAAUAAAAUAAAAAAUUCAGUGUUUCGGCGCUCCAUGGACCACCGUAAAAGACGCGUCCGGCAAGACGACGCACGCGAUUUUCGGCGGCGACCGGCUCCCACAAAUCGCCGACCUUCUCGGCGAGAAAUUCCACGGAAACCUCCUAGACCAGGCAAAGUCCCAGUGGAGCUUAUGA